UGUUUUAGUAGCAAAUGCGCAUGCGCUUGUCAGCCAAACUCGCACUGCGCACGCGCAUAAGCACGCACAUGCUUCGAGUUAUGCAAAAUAAUCAUGGCUGAAGAUAUUUAUAACACUCGAAUAUCCUCAUGUUUUAUUCAUUUUGAUGGCGUUACGGAGCAACUUUGCAAAGUUACACGCCAAAGGCUUAAGAAAUUUCUUGAGUGUAGGUCCAAAAUGGGCCAAACUUAAAUGUCAACAAGCUGAAAUAGCUAAGAAAUCUUACGAAAACAUCGAUGACGGAUCUGUCAAUUCAUACAUGGAGAAGAACCCUAACAGCAUUAACUGAGAAUGGUACCAUCAUAUGAAAUGCUGGAAGAGAUUUUGUGAUGAAGAGAAGAUCCGUAGACAACAGCGAAAGGAAGAAAAAGGAGAAGGCACUAGCUCUGAAACUGUAACUCCUACCGAAGGACUACAUGUGAAAGUGGAACCAAUGGAACCAAGGCGAAAAAUUACACGACAAUCAGUCGCAGACGUUAAUAAGACCCUGCCUAAAAGAAACGAGCAUGUACUUCCAGAGAUAUGUAUUGUUUGUGGAAGAGAUUCCUCUUAGUUCUCACUAGACAAGGUGACUAAGAAGAGAAGAAGAACCCCACUCAUGUUGGCAGAAACAAUUGAUGCUGGUCUUCUACGUACAGCUGCCGAGAGAAAGAAUGGUGAACGGAUACUCGUGUAAAUCCGGGGGAAAGACUGUGUAGCACUGGAAGUCCGCUAUCACAAAGUUUGCUACUGCAAUCAUACAAAUUUUCUCACCAGAGAGACAAAGAAGCAAUUGGAGACUGAAAGAUCUACAGUGUACGAGAAGUCUUAUGAUGUCUUCUGUAAGAAAGUAAUCAAGACUGAGGUCAUCGCAAAUAAGCAAAUAAGGUACAUGAAAGAUUGCUGGAGAAAUUUGUUAUCAUUGCUAAGGACACCGAGAAUGUGGAUGCAUCUAAAUAUAGAGCUUUUAAACUCAAGCAACGACAGAUGAAAAGUUAUCCCCAACUUGUGUUUUAUGUACCGAAAAUGAGAAAUGUUAGUGAGAUUGUAUAUGUGGAAAAUUUGGAUUCUUCCGAAUUGGUUGAGGAACAUAUGUCAAACAAGUCAGAAAACAACGAUGAAGACUUUGAUGAAGAGAGCUAUACCGGUACCAUUGAUGAUGAUGAUCUGAAUUCCAACACAGAAACUGAGGGAAAUUCUAAAGUCAAUGAGUUACAAAUUCUAUACAAUGCUACAUUGAUUCUUCGCCAAAAGGUCCAAGAUAUACCAAAACUGAAUCUUCCUUGGCCACCAUUGGCAUCUGAUUUGACAAUAGAUAAUGUGCGAAAAGUGGUUCCAUAUGAACUUUUUAAUGUAUUGGCUUGGACUUGUGGAUUCUCUUCAGAGCCAACUUUAAGUAAGUACGUGCCAAUUGAGGGCAAGAACAGUUCCAAACUAACAUCAAUUGUACAAGACCUUGUGAAUUUAGCAUCUGGGGGAAGGAAUCUUACACCCAAGAGCAUAGCACUUGCCAUGGCACUUAGACAACUGACAGAUUCAGCCUCAGUAAUUUCUCUAUUGAGUGGCUUUGGACAUUGCAUGUCACACUCAUUUGUAUUGUGCCAUGAAACUGCCCUUGCACAGAUGAAUAUAUCCAAUGAUUCUGCUAUUCCUCCAGGCUUUGUUAGUGAUGUUCCAACUACUCUUGCAUGGGAUUAUGCGUUUGGCCAAGGCUAUAUUUAAGCGAAAUAUUUAACUUGUUUCUUGAUUGUGUGAGUUGUAUGUAUAUUUAUAUAUUCUCCGUCCUGUUUGAUACAGGUGGGUUUUUUACCUCACAAAUUUUUAUUGAAUUAAGAUGUUAAUAAGUAGAAUUAUACGUUAAAACGGUAUUUUGAAACAAUAGCCAAUAAAUUGAAGUGAUUUAGCAUAUGAGCAAGCAAAAUGUACAAUGUGUUUUAACAAUA